AAGCAAGCUUGGUACCCCCAACAGCUAGUUGUCUGAGUGAAUGCAAUGAUGUUUGAAUCAGAUUGAAUCCAUGUUUGUUCUUUUCAAGACGAAACAAGAAAACGAGAAUGAGAAUGAGAAUGAGAAUGAGAAUGAGAAUGAUUUGCCUGACGUAAUGGCAUGUGCAGGCCAGCAUUCCUUUCUCAAUCCCCAUACCCUCUCUUAUCUCCGUCAUGGAAGCUCCGCGUCAUGUAGUGUAAUUUUCAGCUUUACUCAUCCACCUACAUAACUAUGGUCUAUGGUGCAGUUCAUAAAAUAUGAGGUUACUAUAUUUCUUUUUAGCAAGAAAAUAUUGAUUUACGUGGGACUUUGACACACAUUUAAAAACUAAAAAAUUCUCCGUAAAUUUUUUUGGGGCGGGUGAUUGAAGGGCUUUUACUUUUUAGGGUUUUGAAAUGAACGGAACAUAAAAUAAAAGCUGUAAAAGUUUUCAGAAUACACAAGAUUAAGAGGUAUCUUCCUUUUUUCUCGCUUUUUUUAUUAUUUCAUUUUUUAAAAAAUUUGUGUCGUUUUUGUUGGGGGGUGGUGAAGAAGAGAGAAUCUGAUCUCAUCAAAUGGUGAGAAUGUGAGCUAUUUUGGGGGAAUUGGGUGGAGGACAGAGAGUGUGAGAGGGAAAUGUUGGCAGUUGUGGGAGGAGGAGGAGCAAAAAUGGAGCACGAAUUUGAUUCAAAGUUGAGAAUUCAAGAUGAUUCAUCCAACAAUGGCAGCCGAGGAGGCGGAGGAGAAAAUGGCGGAAAACCUGUUCAAAGAGGCAAGAGUUUUCAAUUUAGGGCACCUCAGGAGAAUUUUACGGUUGAAGAUUUUGAAUUAGGCAAGAUAUAUGGCGUAGGUUCUUAUUCAAAGGUUGUGCGGGCAAGAAAGAAAGAUUCAGGGGUUAUCUAUGCUUUGAAGAUUAUGGAUAAGAAGUUCAUCACCAAGGAAAACAAGACUUCUUAUGUGAAGUUGGAAAGAAUAGUGCUCGAUCAAUUGGAUCAUCCCGGCAUUGUUCGGCUGUUCUUUACUUUUCAGGAUACCUUUUCUCUAUAUAUGGCCCUUGAAUCUUGUGAAGGCGGGGAGCUUUUUGAUCAGAUAACUAGGAAAGGUCGUUUAUCUGAAGAUGAAGCUCGCUUUUAUGCUGCAGAAGUUGUGGAUGCUCUGGAGUAUAUACAUGGUUUGGGUUUGAUACAUCGUGACAUUAAGCCAGAAAACUUGCUGCUUACCUCAGAUGGUCACAUAAAGAUUGCUGAUUUUGGCAGCGUAAAACCUAUGCAAGAUAGCAGUAUUACAGUCCUUCCAAAUGCUGCUUCAGAUGACAAGGCUUGCACUUUUGUGGGAACGGCUGCAUACGUCCCUCCAGAGGUCCUGAAUUCUUCACCUGCAACAUUCGGAAACGAUCUUUGGGCGCUUGGUUGCACCUUGUACCAGAUGCUUUCAGGGACUUCUCCUUUCAAAGAUGCAAGUGAAUGGCUAAUAUUCCAAAAAAUUAUUGCAAGAGACAUUAAAUUUCCAGAGUAUUUCUCGGAGGAGGCAAAGGAUCUUAUUGAUCGGUUAUUGUCUAUAGAUCCAAGCAAACGACCUGGUGCUGGACCUGAAGGAUAUCCUGCUCUGAAAAAUCAUCCUUUUUUCCGUGGAUUUGACUGGGCAAACCUGAGAGACCACCCCCCUCCCAGACUUUCUAAGGAACCUAUGGGUCAUUCUGGUGGGGCUGAUAAUUCUCAGGAUCCAUGGAAUCCGGCACAUGUCGGAGAUGGUACAGUAAAACCGAAUGACGUGAGCAGUGGUACCUCAUCGUCCAAUGAAGGAGCUGGUCACAUAACGAGGCUUGCAUCAAUUGACUCUUUCGAUUCAAAAUGGCAACAGUUCUUGGAACCUGGUGAAUCUGUUCUCAUGAUCUCUAUGGUGAAGAAAAUGCAGAAGUUGUCGAGCAAGAAGGUGCAGCUUAUUCUUACCAAUAAACCAAAGUUGAUCUAUGUGGACCCGUCAAAGUUGGUAGUGAAGGGAAAUAUAAUUUGGUCUGAUAGUCCUAAUGACUUGAAUCUUCAAGUCUCUAGUCCGUCCCAUUUUAAGAUAUGCACGCCCAAGAAGGUUAUGUCAUUUGAAGAUCCCAAGCAGAGAGCCUGGCAAUGGAAGAAAGCCAUUGAGGGACUUCAAAACCGGUGAACCUUUUGGAUAUAUUUUGUUUACGACUCUUUUUUCUUUUUGAAUAUAAUGUAAUGCACAGGAAUAUGGAGAUCUUCAUGAGAGAUUUUAGUUUAAUAGAAAAGAUAUUAAACUACAAGAACUGGCCUCGAGGCGUGACACCUGCCCAUGAUUUUUGCUUCAAUAUCGCACCUUAUUUGCCCUUUUGAGACUGCAGCAGCAUAAUGCUGGAACCCUUCUCCGCUCUAUCGCUCCUGGCACCCUCUUCCCAAACUUAUAUAAGGAGCUCUCUAAAGUUGUGUAGUUUAACUCUUUUAGAGGUUAUUGAAUAGACACAUCCAUCGUCUACUAGAGUAAUGGGUCAUUUAUAACACUUCCUCAGAUGUGCAAUUUUUAAAUCCUCUACAAACUGUCUCAUUUAGAAACGUACGGGAGACAACGGUAAGGAGAAAAAGAACAGUUGCAUACAUCAUCCCCUCAACUUACCAAUAUUUGUCUCAUACAAGCGAAUACCGACGAGGCAUGAGCUGUGUAUGUCGUUGGAGUUGUGGGUAACGACACUGUAAACAAGUCUGCUAUUCUUUCUAAUUCGAGGGUACCUCUUUGUCAUGGUAGAUA